GCUGCUCGGAGCCUUUCGGAGGGCAUCUUCUCUGAGAUAAGGUGGCUCCUCGGAGUACCCAAAUAAACUUGGACUAUAGAUCCCCCUGAAAGGACGACUCCUUGCCUUCUGUUAUCGCCGCCAUUCGUCUCCCCGGGUCUGCUUACUCCAGAUCCACAAGAUGCCGUCCCUACCACCUAUGGACUGCGAAGGUGGCCCCCGCUGCCCACAGAGUCAACUAGUGCUGGGCAGGCCGGUGAGAAAGGGACCGACACUGUGGCGGCUUGGCACCCAACGUGGAGCCUGAGGAGAUCACCAGACCCCACAGAGGAGACAUCUGGACUUGUCCCUGGAUUCUCCAUCCUUGGAUCUGCCCUACUUUUGUCUUUGGGUUGUUAAGCCACCCCCAGUGGGAGCAGGAUCGAUUUUCCGAGUGGCGCUCCUGGGAGACGGGAGAGGUAGCUUCUGCCUGGCACUGCAGAGGUCUCUCCCCAACAGAAGCUCCUGCCUUGGAGGUUUUUCUUUGCUCCCUGGACAUGGGUAAGUAGGCGAAGUCCUGCUUCUUCUUUUUCUUUCCCCUUUUAUUUAAAAAACCAAGGGGAGGUAAAAUCUGGCUGGGAAGUGGGUUAAUUCCCCCCAGAGGAGUUCUCACUUGGUUUGUGGGUGGGGAGAGAGUGGUUGUCUGUUGUGGAGUUGUGGUUUUAUGUUGUAUUGUAUUUCACUUUGUUAUGGUUCAUUCCUCUGUACCCCCCUGUACCCUUUGGUUUCUCCCUGGGUUUUUUCCCCCAUUUCUCCUCAUGUGUCUAUCAUCCUGAAAGUGCUGAUUCAUUCCCCUGUCCCCUCCCAGGUGCCUUGUCUGUCACUCAGUGUUCCUUCCCAUCUAUCUGGAAGCUUCCACAGAGGGCGUCGGGUGAUUGGACGAGGGCCAGGGGUCCCUCCCCUUUUCCUCCCUAAUUGGAUCCCCUGUUUGUCUAUCCCCAAGAGAACCACACCCUUGUUUGUUCCCAUUGGCUGUUCGGGUUUCUCCUCCCUCCUUAUAUAAGUUACUGUUUCACAGCACUCUGGUGCUCUCUCCUGUUGGAUUCCUUCGUGUUCAGUUGGGCUCCAGGGGCUUCCUCGGAGUCAGAAUGAACUUCAGAACUAUCCCCAGGAGAGUGUCUCCUCUUCCUAUUGCCGCUGGGAUCAGCAGCUCUUUUAGACCCAGGAAGGCGCUCCCUAAAGCCUGACAGGGUCCAGCGGGGAGUGCCUUUUGCUGCCCUAUUGCCCGUGGAAGAGCUAGCCAGGGCCAGUAGAGGAUCUGCCUCUACGAAGUGGGGACGAGACGCGGCAGUCUGGGAGGAUUGUUUGUCUUCUUUUUCUCAUUUUCUCCUCUGAGGUAGUGAUUUUGUUGUUCUGUAGCUGUUUACAUCAUGGGUGCUAGACUUUCUAUGGAACAAAAAGGGGUCUUUUUCCAAAUUGUGGGUAUCCUUGUGGGGAGGGGGGGUGUGUUUGGGUCAAAAAGACCCAAUUUAAGGAUUUGGUAAAAUGGCUCUUCCUUCAUUUUCCAGAUGUUUCUCCCGAGAAAGUUUCUAUUAUAGAGUUCUGGGAUUCAGUUGGUCAAAAAUUAACAUUUCUGGGAAAGACUAUGAGUAACUCAUUGGCUAAAUUAACAUUUUGGAGCCUCCAAAUUAGAACAGUUUUAAAAUCAAAUCAGAAGGUGGAGGAAGAGCCAAAAUUUCAGAGUUUGUCCCCAGUUUCUUCCCCUCCUAGCCCUCUUUCCUCUCCCUCUACCCCUAUUGCUGGCAUUCUGAGGGGAGCAACCAGCGUGGGGUUGCUACCGUCUCCCCGGCUCCCUACAGAAUUCCAGAUCCCCCCACCUGGGGAGUCUGGGCCCGACUCCUCAGGACCUUCCCAAUCCCCGCACUUACCAAAAAUGAACAACCCUAUCCUGAAAACCCUUUGUUUGAUUUAAUAUCCCCAGUUUCCCUGACCCACAAAAUGGCACCCAGGGGAGUCAAGAUGGCAGGGGCCACGAGGGUUUUCCCACCACUUGCUCUCCUCCUCCCCAGAAUCCCUUUCUCUCCCCUUCCAACCCCUUCCUGUUCCCCAAGUCCUCCCCUUCCCUGCACCUCUUUCCUCCUCAAGUCUCUCUCCCCCAGUUAUGCCCCCAAACGAUACACUCCUGAGGUGGAGACUCCCUCCUCCCACGCUCCCGCCCCUUCUCCUGGCUCUUCCCACCUGUGCUGGACUUCUGGUUCCCACGGUCCCCCUUCUGGUUCCCACAGUGGUGUGACCAGGUGGGAGGGGCCUGGGGACGGAAGUCACCUGCCUUCCCUGUCAACUCCAUCAGCAGCCCUUGUGCCCAUUCCAUCAGCAGCCCCCAUCACUUAUGUCCCCCAGGCUGAGGGUGGCGUUCACCCUCAGUGGACCCUGCUGCCCUAACAAGUUAUAAAAGAACUGUGUAAGGUGCAGAGGGAGUUCAUGAGGGAGAAUGAAUGUUUCAGAGGACUCCUCAGGGCCACCUGUUGGGUUGUGGUUUUCCCCCUUUUUAAUGGUUGUUUCCAUACCCUCCUUAUGUAAAAUGGUCCUGCUCUCCUUCUCCUCCUCCUCCUCCUCCUGUCAAUCCUCCUUCCCUCUACCCAUUCCAUUUGAAAUCCUGCUGAGUCAUUCCCCUGACCCCACCCCGGGACCUGUCUGUCACUCUGAGGCCUCUCCUCUCCACCUAAAAGUUCCAUCCAGGGCCUCGAGUCCUGGAUCAAUCCAGGGCUGGUCUCUGGGGUCCCCUCCUCCCUCCCUUCCCCAUUGGAUAUUUUCCCUGUAUGUCAGCCUGGUUGUCACACCCAGUUAUUGUCCCAUUGGUUCAUGGUUAUCCCCACCCUUUGUUGCCACCCCCCUUUAUAAUACCGUGCACACUGUGCUUGGGGCCUUUUGGUGGCAUUCCCCCCUAAGUUGAGGUGGUUCUUCGGAGUGUGCCAAUAAACUUGGACUGCGGAUUCCCCCCAGAAAGACGACUCCUGGUCUUCUGUCACUGUCUCCUCGUGUCUCCUCUUGUCUGGUAGCUCCAGACCCACAUCUGUCCUUACCAUCCAUGGCCCGGGAAGGUGGCCCCUGCUGCCCGCAGUGCCUAUAGGUGCUGGGCAAGCAAUAGUGAGGUACAGGCACUGUGACAGCUUGGCGCCCAUCGUGGGGCCUGAGGAGACCGCCAGACCCCACAGAGGAGACGUUUGGGGCUAAUUCUCAGAUUCCUUAUCCCUGGAUUGUCCUGCCACAGUCUCUUGGACGUUAAGCUACCCCCAGUGGGAGCAGACCUGGUUUUACAGGUGGCGCACCUGGGGGACAGGAGAGACAGCUUCUGCUGAACUCGGAGGAAGUCUCUCUCAGACGGAAGCUUCUGCCUCAGGCAUUUUCUUUUGCCCCUUGGACGCGGUGAGUAGGCUGAGUAGUAUCUCUUAUUUUUCUUUCCUCCCUUGUUUCUUUCUAUUUAAAACCAGGGAGAGACAUUUCUCUCCUGGUUGGUGGGUGGGGAGGAAGACUGGGAGUCUGUGUGGGCUGUUUGCUUUUCUUUCUCAUUUUUUUCCUCUGGGGCAGGAUUUGUGCUGCUCGAUAGCUUUUAACAUCAUGGGUGCAAGGAUUUCUACCGAGCAGAAGGGAGUCUUUUUCCAAGUUGUGGGAAUCCUUGUUGCGGGGCGUGUUAGAGUUAAAAAGAGACAGGUUAAAGAAUUAGUUAGAUGGCUCUUCCUCCACUUUCCUGAAGUGACUACUCCUGAGAAGGUGUAUUGAAUUGGAUUUGGUCAGACAGAAAUUAACAGUACUAGGCAAAACCUGGAGUAGCUCUAUUUCACAAAUGACAUUUUGGAGUCGACAAAUUCGAACAAUUUUAAAAUCAAAACAGAAGGUGGAGGAAGAGUCACGUUUUCAAAGUUCGUCCCCAGUUCUUUCCCCCCCUAGCCCUCUUCCCUCUCCCGCUAGCCCUAGAGCUGGAAUUCUGAGGGGAGCAACUCGUUAUUCUGUGUGGGGCUGCCACCAUCUCCCUGGCUCUCAACAGAAUUCCAGAUCCCCCCGCCUGGGGAGUCUCGGCCAGACUCCUUGGGGUUUUUCCAGUCCCCACUUUGCCCGAAAAUGUACAGCCCUGUCCUGAAAACCCUCCAUUUGGUUUAAUAUCCCUGACUCCCCUAGACCCCAAAUCCCUAUCCCCCAGAACCCCAAAAUGGCGCCUGGGGAAGACAAGAUGGCAGGUGCCAUGAGGGUUUUCCAGCCACUUGCUCUUUUCCUCCCCAGAAUCCCUUUCUCUCUUCUUCCAACCCCUUCCUGUCCUCCAACUCCUCCCCUUCCCCUGCUCCUCCCUCUUUCUCAACUCCCACCCCCCAGCCACACCCCUAAUUCCCACGCCCCUAAAUGCACCUCUGAACACACCCCUGGGGUGGAGGCUCCCUCCUCCCACAGUCCCGCCCCUUCUCCCAGCCCCUUCAAUCUAGGCCAGGCUUCUGGGUCCCACGCUUCGCCUUCCGGUUCUCACAGUGGUAGGACCGAUGGGAGGGCCCUGGGGAUGGAAGUUACCUCCCAUCCAUGCUCAUUCUAUCAGCAAACCUCGCACUGAUCCUGUCAGUGGCCCUGGUAAUCUAUGUCCCCCAGGCUGAGGGUGGCGUUCGCCCCCAGUGGACCCCUCUGCCUUACCAGAUCACAAAAGAGCUGUGUAAAGUGCAGCGGGAGUUCACUAUGGAGAGUGAAUGCUUCAGGGGGAUCCUUAGGGCCACUCUUUCAUCCGACCUCACCCCUGCUGACCUCUGCUGUUGGGGUGUGUUUUAAGUUUCCCCAUUUCAUGGUUGCUCCCUCUCCCCCUCUUUAGGUUAAAUGAUCCGUCCUUUCGUCUCCUCCUCCCCCUCAGCCUGACAAUCAUCCCUUUCCCCACCCAUGUUACAUAACCUUUUGCUGAAUAAUUUCCCUGAUCCCACCCCGGGGCUUGUCUGUCACUCUGUGGCCUCACCCUUCCAUCUAGAGGCUUCCAGCUAAGGCCUCAGGUGGUAGGCUAGUCCCUGGGGACCCCUCCCUCCCUCUUACCCCAUUGGAUAUCUUCCCUGUUUGUCACUCCUGUUAUCACUCCCAUGUUGUACUCUAUUGGUUUGCUGUUGUUUCUUCCCUAUGGUACCACCCACUGUUAAAAGCCCAGGCACACAGUGCCAGGGUGCCUUUUGGGGCAUACUUCCUUCAUGUUACAGUUGUCUUUAUGGACUUCCAAUAAACUCAGAAUUCAGGUACUCCCAGAAGGACAACUCCUUCGCUUCUGUCAUCGUUGCUCCGCAUCUCUUCCCGUCUGAGGGUCCGUGCCCACAGGCCAUAGCUCUCGCCUGCAGUGGCCAAAGAGAGUGGCCCCAGCUGCCUGCAGUGCCAAGGACACUGGGCUAGAGGACACUUUGGGAGGCACCACGACAUUCCGCCAACUUUUCUCUUGCCUACUAACACCAACUGAAUUCCUGCGGUGGGAGGCAGAGUGGCGGAAGGAGGUCCAGGAUGCCCUAUUCCACCUCUGGGAGAACCCGGCCACCUCUAAUGAUGCAUGCUCUCCGUCGACCACCUCUGUGGUCAGGCGGAGUGGGCUGAUGGAGUGAGGCAGGCCGUGGAGAUCCCCUGGGGGGCUCUCCAUGAAGUGGUAAAGGCAGCAGAAAAGGCUUUUUUGAACCUGAAACCAAAAGGUCAGGUCCAGAAUUAUUUAAAGAUAACUCAGUCCCCUACUGAACCAUUUAUGGAGUUGUUUGUAGAGCAACUUUGCAGGGUGGUGGAGCUGCAAGUGAAGAAAGAACAGGUUCGCCAGGAGGUGCUGAAGGAGAUUGCAGUUCUCUAUGCAAACGUGCAGUGUAAAGCGGCCAUCCUGAGGUUACCCAUGGAGCCUCCACUGACCCUGCAAGACAUGCUUGAAGUCUGCGAGAAGAAAGCAGCAGAAGAACCACCACCAGUAGGACAUCCACCUAGGACUGGACCCACAAGAAAAACAUAUGCCACUGAUGCCUUUCCUGCGCCACACCGACCCAACACUGCACCGCCACCUCCAACACCCAGGUCACCCCAGGACGGAUGUUACUUGUGUGGAGAACCAGGGCACUGGGUUGGGAACUGCCCGGCUCCAGCCGACGGAACCUAUACAUCUAUGGGAUUCUGACCACCACCUUAUUUCAGUUUCCCCCAAGGGUUCAGGUACCUGGAGCCGGCUGAGAUGUAAGUACAUAGUCAUUGGGGACUCAAGUACACACCCCAGGAGAUCGUGCCUGGGUUGAUAACAUCAGAACCAGGGCGAUUCGUGCUUCUUCUGUAUUGCGUUCGCCUGCCCGUCUUCCUCCCCAGGGGACAGAUAGUAGCCCAGUCCAUCCCAGUCCCCAAACCACCUUGGAACCAGGAACAGGCCAGUGCACUACAGAAAAGACUCUUUCCCUCAGUCUGUUGGGCACAAGUCCUGGGGGAGGACAAGCCAAAAAUCACCUGCAGCCUUCAUCUGGGUGGGGAACGCAAAACAAUACAGGGGCUCCUGGACACUGGGGCAGAUGUGACGAUCAUUCCAGCUUGGGAAUGGCUGUCACAUUGGGAGCUGCAAAAUGUGGCAGGACGCAUGCAGAGUAUAGGGGGUGUACAAUUGGCGAAACAGUCAAGGAGCGUUGUUCAAAUUGAGGGGCUGGAUGGGCAAGUGGCCUCCGUAUGCCCAUUCGUAUUGGACUUCAUGGAACCCCUGUGGGGAAGAGACCUCAUGGCCCAGUGGGGAAUCAAAAUACCAAAAUUGACAUCCAUAAGUGUCGGAAUCUGUGGGUAUUGGUGAUUCCGAGAUUGUAUAAAAUCUCUGUCUUUCUGCCCCGUUGCCAAAGAA